AUGCUCCCAACAGCUGCUCUGGCUCACGAUGCUGCUGCUGCUGCUGCUGCUGCUGCUGCCCUGGCUGAAGGUACUGCUGCUGCUGCUGCUCCUGGUUCUGCUGAUGCUGCUCCUGCUGCUGCCCCUGCUGCUGCUGCUGCUGCUGCUGCUGCUGCUGCUGCUGCUGCUGCUGCUGCUGCUGCUGUUGCUGCUGCUGCUGCUGCUGCUGCUGCUGCUGCUGCUGCUGCUGCUGCUGCUGCUGCGGCUGCUGCUGCUGCUGCUGUUGCUGCUGCUGGUGGUGCCCAGGCAUCACAUGUCUCCCAGGGAACUAUACCACAUGCAGCCAUGGCAAGAGCGGGUGGUUAUGCCAGGGGUGGUUAUGCCAGUGGUGGUUAUGCCAGUGGUGGUUAUGCCAGGGGUGGUUAUGCCAGUGGUUAUGCUAGGGGUGGUUAUGCCAGUGGUGGUUAUGCCAGUGGUUAUGCUAGGGGUGGUUAUGCCAGGGGUGGUUAUGCCAGUGGUUAUGCUAGGGGUGGUUAUGCCAGUGGUGGUUAUGCCGGUGGUUAUGCUAGGGGUGGUUAUGCCAGUGGUGGUUAUGCCAGUGGUUAUGCCAGUGGUUAUGCUAGGGGUGGUUAUGCCAGUGGUGGUUAUGCCAGUGGUUAUGCCAGUGGUUAUGCUAGGGGUGGUUAUGCCAGUGGUGGUUAUGCCAGUGGUUAUGCCAGUGGUUAUGCUAGGGGUGGUUAUGCCAGGGGUGGCUAUGCCAAGGACGCUGCUGCUGCUGCUGAUGCUGCUGCUGCUGCUGCUGCUGCUGCUGCUGCUGCUGCUGCUGCUGCUGCUGCUGCUCAUCCAGCUGGCGAUGCCCGUGCUCCUGCGCUGGCUACGGUCGACACGUUAACUGUAGCGGGAGGAUGGCUCACAGAAGGAGUGAAGGUGGUAGCAGGAGGGGAGAUUGAGGUAAGAGUGCGAGUGCAGGGUGUAGCAGGAGCAAAAAUGGAAGCUGGGGCGCAGAAUGUAGCAGGAGCGGAAAAAACAAUAGGAGUGCAGGUUGUAGUGGGCGUGGAAUAUGUAGGAGGAGCGGAGGUUUUUGUGGGGGCAGGAAAAACAGUAGGAGCGGGAAGUGUAGUGGGAGCAGAAAGCGUAGCAGGAGCGAAGGCUGUAGUAGUAGCGCAAUUUGUGGUGGGAGCGGAAAAAGUAGCAGGAACGCAGGCUGGAGUGGAAGCAGAAAUAGUCGCAAGAGCGCAGGUUGUACUGGGAGAAAAGGAUGCAGGAGCAGAGUCUGUAUUGGGGACAAAGGAUGCAAGAGGAGAGGCUGGAGUAAUGCGGGAAAAGGAUGCAGUAGCAGAGGUGGGGUGGGAAAAUGCAGUAGCAGAUGUUAUAGUGGGAGCAAAGGACGCAGGAGCAGAGGAUGUAGUGGGAGCAAAGGAUGCAGGAGCGAAGGCUGUGGUGGGAGGAAAGGAUUCCGGAGCAGGCCAAGCUGAAACAGGGGGGCGUGAAGCAGCACUGCUAGGAGGACCCUGA